GAGUACAAAUGCGACUUCCGUUGACGUUGCUGCGGGCGAGCUGCCGCUUCGACGCUGCCCGGCCUGACAGCUUCAGCGCGGCCACCUCGACACUCGCAGUUGCCACAGUGACGCGCACUACUGCUGCACCACACAUGUUCACAAUGCUCCAGGCAGCGGCGGCACGGCGGCCGGCGUGGCCGCUGCUUGGGCCUACGGGUCGCACCAGGGUGCGCCUGCUGCCGCCGCUUCACUGCCGCCGCACCAAGUCCACCUCGCACCGCGAUGACCACGACUACCCCGGACCCCACCACCACACACACCGCUUCGGGCCCCUGGCGGAACCCCCCGAGGUGACCGCCGCCGCCGCCGCCACCAGCGCAAACACGCAACCGCAGCAGGCGGCGGAGUUGCACCGGGCUCACCCCCACCCGCAGGCCGGCAGCGGCGUCAGCCCGCUUUCCCCGCUCACGCCGGUGCCGCCGCCUCCCCGCGACCUGACACCCGAGCUGAGCUCCCUCAUGUCCACACGCGCGUACGGCACUGCAUCUGACGCCGGCACUGGCACUGGCACUGGCACUGGCACUGGCACUGGCACUGGCACUGGCACUGGCACUGGCACUGGCACUGGCACUGGCCCGGGCAGCGGCGGCACCGACUGGUCCGCGGGCGCCUUCUCCAGCCCCGACAACAACGUGCCGCCCGCCGAAGUUGGUGGUGGCGGCACUGGCACUGGCGAGGGUAGCGGUACUGGGGGCGGCCGUGGGCAGGCCGAGCGGCGGCAGGCGGAGGAGCAUGAGCAGCUGCAUGACCUGGCUGGUGACCCGCAGGUCAUGUCGGGACCAGGACCCGGACCCGGGCGUUCUGCCACACGUCACGGCGAGCAGCGCCCGGGAGAGCAGCAGGCGCAGCGCGGCAGCGGGGGCGAGGAGGCGGUCCCACCCCUGGCGUCAUGAGGCACAGGGCAUACACACACUGCUGCUGCUGCGUCUGCAAUCUCUGCAUGCGAUGGAACCGGGCAGGGGCCAGGGCGGCGAAGUCCCUGUGUAUGUGUGUGCAUGUCUGCGGGGUGGUUGAUGUUGUUGUUGUUGGUUACAAGGUGGUGUGCAUGAGCAUGCGUGAUAUCCUGUCCCCGUAAGUACCAGUGGCCCGGGCGGGUUGAUGGCCCGGGGGUGGCAGCGGUGACGCCAACUGCCGCCCAUGAGGCGUGCUGAGACGGUGCGCCAAUGACUGUUUGCUAGCGACGUGGCAAACGAGGCAUGUUGCGAUUGAUAUGGCAAGGGAGGCCGGGAAUGGUUCAUGUGUUGGUCCAUGUUGUAUGGAAGCUGUGUGCACUGUAAAUGCGCGCUGAG